ACGGUAAAGUUACCUUACCGGACCGGUCCGGGUCUCUGUCCCUCCCUGUAAUUGAGAAGAUGAGAGCGAGGACUCGGGUCUGAGCCGGUGUGAAUAGAAACAUGGCGGAUGUGGCGGUUGCUCUGGCUGUGUUAGCGGUGAUCGUGCUGAUCUGUGAGAUCGUCCGGAAGCGAGCGGCGCAGUGCGGAGUGCACCUAUCCGAGCUCGUCUCUACGGUCCAGCUGUGCGCAUGCGCCCACGAACUCAAGCUGCUGUCCGAGCGGGAGCCCGGGAUCGCCCUGACCCUCACAUACGUCAUCUCUGUGGUGCACGCGCUGACGUUCCGCGGCGCGCACGCGAACCCCUCCGGGACGCUCGAGCGCUGGUUCGCCGGCUCGCUGAGUGGCGCGGGCGCGCUCUCCCGAUGCGCGUGCCAGUUGGCGGCGGCGGCCGGCGCGGGUGCUUUGAUGCGGCGCGCGUGGGCUCUCGGGCUCUCCGACCUGCACGCGCACCACGCGCUCUCGGGAUUCCGGUGCACGAGCCCGAUCGAGAACGUCAGCGUGCUCGUGGCCGCGGCCGUGGAGCUGGCGUGCGCCUUCACCGUGCACGCGGCGGCCACACUGACGCGCGGACUGGAUGAGAAGUUGCGCGUGCACGCCGUUGCAGGCGUGAUCACUCUGGUGGUGUAUGCAGGUGGCAGUAUAACAGGAGCAGUCUUUAACCCGGCGCUGGCUUUCACCUCACAGUUCCCCUGUACUGGCAGCACAUUCGUAGAGAACUGCCUGGUCUACUGGGUGGGUCCAGUCCUAGGCAUGGUAUGCUCCGUACUGCUGUUUGACAAAAUCCUUCCAGCUUUUACUGCAAAGAGCACAACUCAGGAGGACCAGAACAUCGACACUAUCAAGAGGAAAAAGUGGAAUUAAGCAAACCGUCAGGCCUGAAAAUGAUGUUUUAGUCACAAGAAAGCUGCUAAAUGAAUAACAAUACAGAUGUAUUGUUACUACAGAACAGCACAAAAUGAAUAACAGUGUUUUAUUUUUUAAAAAUUAAAAAUUUUAUUUUAUUUUAGCUAGAGCAACUGUACCAGGUUGUGAUUUUAAGUGAUUUUUUUUAGAUUAUAAUGUAUUUGUCAUAUACAGAAUACAUACACAUGUACAGUACAGUGAAAUGUUUCUUUCGUAUAUCGCGGCUUGUUUGGUUGGCCUUGCUCAAGGGCCAAACAGUGGCUGCUAGAGAAUGAUUUGCGAUUAGUCUUACUAAAGGUCAGCAGAGUGAAAACUGUUGAACAUGAAUGUACAGAUUGUUAUACACAGGCACUACAGUCUUACACUUUACCUGAAUACGAACAAUACAGAUCGAUGAACUGGGUGCUAGGAUUCCAAUCUCAGAGGUGCUCUCAGCCAGUCAGGCAUCUGCACAGACAUGAUUGGCUAUUUCUUUCCUGUAUUAUUUCUCCCUUCAUCAUCCAAUCUAGUCAUUUCCAAUUCCCGGUUGUGAAUCCGCUGCUGCUUGCACAACCUCUUAUCUUAUCAAGAAGACCCGGAUCACCACACAACCCCUCCGACAUGUGUCCAAUCUGCGACCACUUCUGAUCACCUGCCAGUAUUCGGUUCUUGCACAGAGCUGUAUCACGUAUGGAGAGUCAAGCUAAGCUCCAUGUGUGGUUCCGAAUCCCAAGCAGUGCUAUCGGCCAGUUGAGUGUCUACUUACAGACAUGAUUGGCUAUGUCUAAUGGGGGAGGAGUGCUCGAGGGGAAACUUGAUCUGAGAAAUGUAAUGCAACAUUCCUGGAAGCAGAAGUAGGUGAAAGCUAUGCAAAUUAUAAAGCAGCACUAAUAGUGAUAUGCACAAUUUUACUGGAUUAAUGGACAGAAGAAUUAAUGUCUCAGGAAACACUAAUGUGAUGUAACUUCAGUGAUGUAACAGUUGCACCAAACUGUUUAACAUACAAUAUGAACCACAGGAUGUAAUGCUGGUUUGUUAAAAAUAUACAAGUAUAGUCAAUAAACAAGACAUAGCACAUUUCUGCACAUUAUCUGUGAUAUUUAUUUACUGGACCAAGUUUACUUGUUGAUCUUAAUGCUACUGUAAUUAUAACAAUAAAUGAGCACAAUAAAAAAAAAUGUAAUUAAUAAACACAC